AGCCACACAAAGCGUGCAACUCCUACUUGAAGUGUCCGCCCACCGGCGGACUACCACAACUCUACUUCACAGACGCUUCCUCCACCGCUUGGAUAAACCUCUCCGGUCUGCCACAUUUCAGAAACCUCCACCCAACUCAAAAUUAAGCUGACCCAGUAAGCAAAAACAGUUUCUUGCUUGUAAAUUCAUCAUCUAACUAGCGACACUGUCUCUGAUGAAUUCAAGCCCACAAGUGUUCGGCCAAACGAUACCUUGGUCUUCCCCUUUUUGGAGGCUGCAUGAAUAGGCAGAAAUUGUAUACCAAUUCGUCCAUCUUCAAGUUUGGGUACUUGAAGUUGUUGUCUUUAAAGCAGUUGAAACUAGUAUGGCUAUGGUCUCAGUUUCACACCCUGUCUCUUUCAAUUCCAAUGUCUUCUCGAUACGGCAAGAGCCUCUAUUGGCAUCGCAUGCUUCUAGAAUUCGCUAUCGCCUCGCUACUCGCCGAUGGUUGAACUUCAGUUCUGCUUCUCCUCCAUGCAGGUUCAACAACUUAAAUUCAAGGUGCUCAAUUACAAAUUCUGACUCACCAUGCAGCCAUAUUCUCACUGAUGAUGAGAUCCCACAAGAUGUUUCAGGAAUUGAGCCUGAUUGUUCAGCCCCAAUCAUUCAUAUUAAAUCUGAUAUCUUAGAGGUUGAACCUCUGAGUUUGCUAGCUGAAGCAACUUUUGUGGACAGUCUUUUGACAGCAUUGCCGGUUUUAUCAGAGGAGGAACAAAAUGCCCUUGCAGCAACUCCAGCCCAUCCAGUUGGAUUAUAUGCCUUUUAUGCUAGUUGCCUAGCUGGAAAUUUAGUGGAACAACUAUGGAAUUUUGCUUGGCCUUCUGCUAUAGCAUUGAUUCAUCCUAGCCUCCUACCAGUGGCUGUAAUGGGUUUCUUCACCAAGCUUGCAAUAAUUGUUGGAGGUCCUUUGGUUGGCAAACUCAUGGAUCAUUCUCCCAGAAUACCUUCUUUUAUUGGUCUAAAUGUAAUCCAGGUAGCUGCUCAGUUGUUAUCUGCAACUAUGAUUAUUCGUGCACAUACUGUUUCUCCCACUUCUGCAUCAUCCAUUCUUCUCCGUCCUUGGUUUCUUGUACUUGUUUCGGUAGGGGCUAUCGAGAGGCUAUGUGGAGUAGCAUUGGGGGUAGCUAUGGAGCGGGAUUGGGUUGUACUGUUAGCAGGAAUAAAUAGGCCAAUUGCACUUGCGCAAGCAAAUGCUGUUCUUAAUCGAAUUGAUCUUCUGUGUGAGAUAGCUGGAGCAUCAUUAUUUGGCAUUCUUCUCUCCAAGUAUGAUCCUGUGACCUGCUUGAAGUUUGCCACUGGUCUAAUGAUAUGGUCAUUGCCCAUUAUGAUUGGUCUCGCUUUGUUGACCAACAAGCUAUCUACUGGGGUGCUUGACCACACCAGAUUUUCCCAGACCUGUUGCAGAGAGUCAAAUGGAACAGCUGUGGAUGAUAACAGCCUAGUGGAUAGAGGUCUAGAAACCAUCAAACUUGGGUGGAAGGAAUAUAUGCACCAGCCAGUUCUACCUGCAAGCCUUGCCUAUGUUCUCCUAUGCUUCAAUGUUGUUCUUGCUCCAGGCAGUUUGAUGACGGCAUUUUUAACUCAGCGUGGAGUAAAUCCAUCAAUAAUUGGUGGGUUUAGUGGAUUAUGUGCAUCCAUGGGUGUUGUGGCAACGUUCUUAUCUGCAACAUUGGUCAAGCGAUUGGGCAUUUUGAAGGCAGGAGCAGCUGGUUUGGUAUUUCAGGCUUCACUUCUCAUCUUAGCUGUGGCUGUUUAUUGGAGUGGAUCUCUUUCCCGGCAGAGCCCACUUCUCUUUUUCCUGGGAUUGAUUGUUUUAUCAAGGUUGGGACACAUGUCAUACGAUGUUGUUGGGGCACAGAUUCUCCAGUCGGGGAUCCCAUCUUCUAAAGCAAAUCUUAUCGGGGCGACAGAGAUUUCAGUUGCAAGUUUGGCAGAGUCAUUAAUGUUGGGAGUUGCAAUAAUUGCAAAUGACAUUUCACAUUUUGGAUUUUUAGCAAUGCUGUCACUUUUAUCAGUAGUUGGGGCAGCAUGGAUGUUUUGUCGAUGGUUGUCGAAUCCAACAGAUGAACAAAGAAGUCUUUUCUCUAUCAGCCUAGGUUAUAAUUUUUAGCCAGUUUCCAAUUCGAAGGAACACAGAUCAAGGCUUUUAACUGUUACAGGAGCCAAGCUAAAGCCAUUUCAGAAUACAUGUUCCAGAAUCAGCAUGUGUAUAGCAGCCACAGAAGGCCUUGAGGUAAGUCUUCUUUGGCGACUUAGUGGGUCAGAGUUUCUGUAAUUGCACGGCUCAGUUGAAAUAGCAUUGUCACUUGACUUUGUAUCAUAUUGGACAGUGUCCAUGUAUAGUGGAGAGGAGAAUGAAAGGAAUUUCUUUCCCCCUAAUGCUGUAAAAACAGUUGAAACAGGAAAAAAAAAAUUGUAAAGGUUUUGAUUUAUUUAA